AUGAUGAAGAGCGAUUACUCUUCCGAGCUUGAAGAGAUCUCGUUAAUCUUCGACCCUGAUCGUAGGAUUCCCCUGGAUCUUCACUUCCCAUCCCAUCAGCCGGUCCCAUCCAACCCCGACUUCCUCAACGCAGCAGGAGAGACUGCCUACGCGUCGCCGUCAAGGCCACGUGCAGUGACGGAUAGGAGCCUGAGGGAAAAUUGCCGUCCUAUUGGGCUUGCUCUCACGGCAUGGAUCACAAGCCUCAUAUUCACCGUCGUGUACUCGCUAUUCAUCUACCACGUUCUCUUCGAGGGCAAUCCCGUUAUCGGCUCAUGGACCUUCGAUGCUUCUCUCACCAACCUACUGUUGUCACUACUCUCCCAACUAUAUGCCAUGCUGUUAGCAUAUGUUGUUCUUAGUCUCUCCGAUGCAUUGCGGUGGUCACUUGCCUCUAGAUCAGGACGUGUGGAUGGGGCGUCGGCGUCUAGCUUCUUUCAACUCAGUCCCGCAACUGAUUGGUUUUCUACCAUGAAGUUCAUCUUCAAGGGAAGGUUCCGGAGCAAUUGGGGUGUCAUAAGCUUUGAAGAUUACUUCAUCAAGCAAGGCGUAACGGUCGACGUAUAUGCUGGCAACAUUCCUCCUGACGUGUCAAUCUUGGGCCUCAUCUCGACAGCCUAUCUCGACGGUUUCUUUGAUACAUGGACACAGCAACUGCUGAAUUACCCACGAUAUGCCACAACUUGGAAGAUGAAAGGCUGCACUGAAGACUGUUCGGUCUCUUUUCUGCCAGGCGGCAUGGAGAUAGCUCGCAAAGUGGGACCCCUUCUUAACAGCACCAUCCUCAAAGGUGGCCUGUUCAACAAUACGGAGUCGAUCAUGAUUCAGGGUGCACCUGGCAUGGUGGCCAGGUUUGAGCCUGUAGCUGACGGAUUCGAAUUUGAUAUUGAAGAGGACUGCAACGUCUAUCAGACGCCGUUGGGAGAUGCAUUGCAGAUGUGUAAGAAGCAGUUUGGAGAUUCGGUUGCAGCUGGCUGGCGGGCGUGUCCGAGCUUCUUUCAAUUCACAAGGGCGUGCGCAACGCAACUAUCAUGGACUCGAGCGCCGCUGGUGUCAAAAACGCUUUUUACCGCUUAUCGACAGAACGCGACGACAACUUAUAGCCAGAAGGACUUGUCAAUUCAGCACGCAGAGCCCAUUUCAGAACCCGUCAGAGUCAAGAUGUCAGUGCCUGACAUGGACCUCAUCUGGAACAGAAUCUUUGUACCGAGACCACUUUCGAGUCAGCUUGACCUUGAGUCAAUCAACAUUACAAUUGCAAGAAUGGCAUGGAAGUAUCGUACCUAUACCGAGUUUUUCCCGGACAACGAGAUGCACGUCGAGUUGCUUCAAAACUUUCUUUCGGUUCCAUUGCAGUUUGCCAUUACAGCUAUGCAGUACGCAAACUAUACGCUUGCACUUCCCGCAGAUAAACGAACCUUUCCACCUGAGCUUCUCACAACUGCCACGGGUGGGCGCUCGAUCAAGAGGUUCGUCAGUCACCCUUGGACAGUACUGGUGUUCAUAGCUGCCGGCAGCUCUGUAGUGAUGUUGACAGGCUUCGGGUUUUGGUGGAUCUUGAAGCAGCCUAAUCCGUUGCCGAAAUCGUCCGGAAUCGUGGAGCUGGAUUUCAUCAGCCGAUUGAGUGAUUUGCAGAAGCAUCGUCACACAGAUCAGGACAGUCCUGAAAGAUUCUCGGAAUUGGUCUAUGACAUUAGAUCUAAAAAGCAGCAUUCAGCCUGGCACAUUAUCAAGGCGCUUAGAAAGAGGAGGUUAGAGCUGUCGCAGAUGGAGGUAGCCGCAGAAUCAGAGAGACAGAUGAAGAGGCUACCAGUUUUGCACUUGCUCCCAAACAGAGCGGAUUACGUGGCGGCUGAGAGUUCGUCGGUUUCCAGUACGGACCGUGAGAAGAGUGUAAGCCCGAACCACCCAGAUGGAGUCUAA